AUGGCUGACGAAUACAACGCCGAGGAGGCUGCCGAGCUCAAGAAGAAGAGAGCGUUCCGCAAGUUCUCCUACCGCGGCGUUGACCUCGACCAACUACUUGACCUGUCCUCCGAGGAGCUCCGCGAUCUCGUCCAUGCCCGCGCCCGUCGUCGAUUCAACCGUGGUCUGAAGCGAAAGCCCAUGGGCCUCAUCAAGAAGCUGCGAAAGGCCAAGCAGGAGGCCAAGCCGAAUGAGAAGCCCGACCUCGUCAAGACUCAUCUCCGUGAUAUGAUCGUUGUGCCAGAGAUGAUUGGCAGCGUCAUCGGUAUCUACUCCGGCAAGGAGUUCAACCAGGUCGAAAUCAAGCCGGAGAUGGUUGGACAUUACCUUGGAGAGUUCUCGAUCUCAUACAAGCCUGUCAAGCACGGACGGCCGGGUAUCGGUGCCACCCACUCUUCCCGUUUCAUUCCUCUUAAGUAA